AUGACCUUUUUUGGUUUGACAUACCUGGGUUAUCAGAACCCGAUAGGCGAUAGAAUGAUACUGAAUCCCCGGGGACCGUCUAAUCCUAACGAUGGCAACAGCAACAUCAAAGCCGGGAUGCCACCUUCUCUUCAAGAACAACCGAGACCCCUCAGAUGUGUAGAGGACUGCCAACUUUCCAACCAGCCUCUUCCCCACAGCACUGACAUACACAAUGGGAGCCAUGAGAGAUGCAAAGCGAUGAUCAAGCGGCUUCAAACACCUAGAUCUCCAAACCAGCUCUACAUGGUCCCUCUGACAGAGAGCCAGAGGUAUGGAUGGAUGGUGUCCAAGAACCCUGAGCCAUGGAUGCUAGUCAGACGGUUUCCUCGAAAGAACAGCGAAAUGACCAAGUUUGUUAAAGAAAUGUUAAAGACGGACCCGAACUUCAGCCUGUUAUGAAAACUUUUGCAGUAACGCAAAUUACCACAC